GUCACCAGCACUUUUCAUCUGCUCCUGCAUUUCUACCGCUAUUUUCUGGAGUUCAACAGUCUUAUGUCGUCUUCAAUGAAGAAGAGUACCGAGGGCAGCCAGCUGAGCAACCACGCUGUCGCUGCUCGCCCACGAAAGGAGGACAACCUGCCCACCACAGCGGCCAACACCACGGCCACUGCGGGCCACACGGCAAGCCCCAAGAGCACAGCUCCAGAGAAAAUUGGGGCCAUCGUUGGCCGCAAGAAAAGACGCCACCAUCGCAAGAACAACAAAUCCCAGCCAGCACCGUCGCAGGGCUCAAUUUCGUGCCCUUCCGUGAUGCCAGCCUCAGUGACCAACGUGGCGACGUGCCAGGUGACGACACCAGUCAUCACGCCUGAGGAGGCCAAGACAGCGGGCAAACCGGACGUACCAUCCUGCACUGUGGAAUAUAAAGGAGCGGCUGCCCCCGACAUUGAACGAAAGCCGGAUGAAGUGGGACCAGCGCCAACGACGAGCUCUAAGGCGCUGACAGACUAUGCUUUGACUGCUGCUCCAGGGCAGCCACUACCACAGAAGCAGGCGCAUUCCCAAGUCGGCGAUAUCUACGAGGCACUUGGGACGCUGUCUCUUUCUCCGCCGAAGAAAGCCACCCGACAGGAUUCGCUGAAUCCCUUAACCACGUUGCUCGACGUUCGCGCUGAUCCAUCAUCUUCCGAGAAUCGGCCUGCCCGUGCGGCUGCUCUCAAAAACUCGAGAUGGCCGUUCGACAUGAAAGUGGUGGUAAUCGUGGUGCUGACCACGAUCAUUCUGGCCUCCGCCUUCUUUGUGUACAAGACGCCUAAGCGACAACGUCAGAGGAUCUGUCCAACCGACGACUGCGAGCACCAUCGGUCACCUCGGACCAAGCCAAAGAGGACGAACUACAAUUCCUAGACCUUAGACAAUGUUUUUUAGACGACCAUGUCUGCUGCGAAUAUUUACCCCACUCUGUCAAGCCCCUGUUGAACUUUAGUCCAGGUCAUACCAAAAUAAAAGUUAAA